UAUUACUUUUUAUAUACUACUCCUGUCCCGUUAAUGAAUAAUUAAUUAAUUAAUUAUAGUUUCCUAAUUUACCUUGAUAGAAAAAAGAAGUGAGCGUCCAUAGAAACAGUUGUGGUGGAAGGGCAAAAUGGAGCAGAACGGGAAAGAAGAAGAGAAUGAAAAGUUGCACACUUCUCGUCGUCAGUGGAAGGAAAAUACAGGUAACCUUAUUUCCGCAACCAGCGAUGAUAAGCUAAGGGACCUUUUUCACCAAAUCAGGACUUCCAAAACUCCUGUCAGUGUAGAUUCUACUUCCUCAACUUUCUUUUUUAUUCCUACAUAUACACCACGAUUUGAGAUGGCUUUGGAUGUGCUGAAUCCCAAUCUCAAACUGUUUUUGCAGGCAGUUAUUAACUAUGGCGCAUCUUGGUGCCGUGUUUGCAGCCAGAUACUUCCAACAUUCUGUGAGUUGAGUAACAGCUUCCCUAAACUCUCGUUUGUAUAUGCUGAUAUUGAUGAUUGUCCAGAGACAACCCAGCAUGUCCGCUACACGCCAACUUUCCAUUUCUUCCGCGAUGGGGAGAGGGUUGAUGAGAUGUUUGGUGCCGGCGAAGAGAGACUGCAUGACAGACUCUGGUUGCACUCUUAGACACAUAGGCUUGGUUUGAUUUGGUUGCACAACACUCUUGGAUGGAAAAUCUCUAGAUGUUUUGAACUAUUGCUGUUAUCACACAUAUAAAUGUAUCCCCAUCCUGUGAAUGUUUAUGCUCCCAUGAAAUUAAAUAAAAAAGAGUUUUAUUUCAUCUACUCCUGAAAUGUAAGGGUUAGGUUACUUUGGCUAGCUA